UUUCUUGUGAUUUUUGUUUCGCAAUAUUCGUCAAAUGAAUAAUUGUCAAAUGAAUUGUUUCAAAAACUAAAUGAGAAAUAACAAAAGAAACUACUAUUGUGACUUGAGUACAACUCACUCUAUCGGGUCUGCUCCUGCCAACUGUACCGUGAUGCGUCCUCAAUGCAUGGAAAAAGAUGGACAUAUGUACUCGAGUCUGGAUGGGAAGAAGAAGAUAGAGAAAUAGAAGAAAGUGCAGCUCCAGAAGGCGACACCAGAGGCCAACGAUCCCGCGGAAUGCUCUCAAUUCACGAGGUCUGCUCUGUGCUGGCUGCACUUUUUACACCCGGCAUGAGAUUGCUGGGAAUUUGAGGCAUCACUGCCUGUUACACACCGAUGAGAUAUGAGGCAUCAGGUUGGAACGAAUCCUCAGCCCGGUUCUUCGUUUGAAUUUAUCACCGCGAGCUACGAUAUCGCUGAUCACUCGAGAAAUGUCUGCGGUAGAGGCUACACCAUUCAUCCGCACCAUCGAGUGGGAUAUGAUGGACAAGAGCAAGUUCUUCCCACUGAGCAUGCUGUCCUCAUUUUCGGUCAGGUGUUGCCUGUAUCCCUUGACGGUGAUCAAGACUCGCCUCCAGGUGCAGAGACAAAAUCACAUGUACAAUGGUAUGAUAGAUGCAUGUAGGAAAAUUCACAAAGUAGAAGGCUUGUCGGGUCUCUACAGGGGCUUUUGGAUAAGCUCCAUUCAAAUCGUCUCCGGGGUAUUUUACGUGUCGACGUACGAAGGUGUGCGUCACUUGCUCACAGACACAUCCGUCGGUCAUGUGGACUCAAAAGUCAAAGCCUUAAUCGCGGGUGGUGCCGCCAGUCUAGUCGGUCAAACGAUAGUCGUGCCCUUUGACGUUCUCAGCCAACACCUCAUGGUUCUCGGGAUCCACAGUACCAAACACGGCAGGGUGUCCGUGGACAAGUUCGGCAUGAACCCGCUGGGUAUAACCUUCGAGCCCGGCAAGACACGCGCGCAAAUCUGUGCUGAAAUAGUCAGGCUGAUUUAUCAGAGGGAUGGUUAUCGCGGUUUUUACAGAGGCUACGUGGCGUCCCUGUGUGCGUACGUGCCUAAUAGCGCCCUUUGGUGGGGAUUGUAUACAGUUUAUCAAGACGAGCUUUUACGUCUGCUUCCGAGUUGGUUCUCACACUUGUGUAUACAAGCCAUCGCGGGGACGUUUGGCGGAUUCACCACUACGAUCAUCACGAAUCCCCUGGACAUCGUACGAGCGAGACUGCAAGUUCAGAGGCUGGACAGUAUGAUCAGCGCCUUUAGAAUCUUAUGGAUCGAGGAAGGCCUACACAUGUUCACCAAGGGACUGUCCGCGAGACUCGUGCAAUCCGCAUGUUUUAGUUUCUCGAUAAUUUUAGGAUACGAGACCAUCAAGAGAAUGAGCAUAAACGAAGAGUACAAGAGACACAUUCGCUGGUGAAAGUUUCGGACCUGCAGGCCACCAUUAUUGCGACCAAUUUAACGCGAACAAGCGGCUUCGUCCGCGGGAGCGUGACACAAGGUGACACGUCAUGCAAGGUGAUAUCGUUCAAAGCCCAAGAAGACAGAACGCGGACAAAAUCUCUUCGACUCGAAGACACGAAGAGCGUGUGAGGCGCAGAUGAUUGCGCGCAAAACGUUCCCGACAUGUUUUGUGCUCGGCGAGUCAAGGAAAGCGAAAAAAAAUCCAAUAAAACGAUCGUAAUCGAAAGAUUUCGCUCGUUUAUUUUUGGAUCUCUUCGAGUUUGCGACGACCGUUUUUAUCGCGAUCCACGAUCCUGACUGUGCGGCGUACAAAAAACAAAGGCAAGGUGAUAAACACGACAUGGGAAAAGAAAAAGUGACGCAAUAAUCCUGAAAUGGAAUGACGGGUGACUAUGAAGAAGAAAAAGAAGUUGGUCGAGGCAGAAGAAGUGCUCGAGACGGGAUGAUUCGUUAAGAUUAUUAUUAUGAUCGUCUUUCGACACCGCUGUAUCGUACUUUUGCGCGUUCAUCUCCGCGACAAGAUAAGCCUGUGCGAGUGUUCCGUUCUCGGCGAGUCAGUCAUUCUCUCUCUUUCUCUGCAUAUUUGGCUAUGAUAAACCGAAAAUUUGUGAACGGAAAGGUUGUCCGUAAUUUUUCGUGCGAACGUAUUCAGAACGCAUAUGUCUCGCCUGAUGAGAGAAUAUUUCCAUUAAAAAACGAUUUCUUCUACUGGAUUAGACGGAUACGUUCCGGAAUUCGCACAAAACACUGCGCGUGACCUUUCUGUCCGCGUGACUGUGUGUGUCGUCACUUUCGCAAAGUACCAAAGGAAGAGAAAUGGCGGCUGUUCGAUUAGCACAUUCUCAGUAAAUAACGACGGUAUUCCAUCGACGUUUUUGUAGGAUCUCUCUUUCCUCAGGCUGUACAGGUGCUAAGUUGUUAACGUUUACAUUUACACAGAUCGUCGUUAGCUUUCGUUAUACGGACAAAGGAGUAGCGGUAAUGAUAUAAUACUAACAAUAAUAACGAUAAGAAGCAAAAUAAUAAUAAUGAUAAUAAUAAUAAUAAAAAUAAUCGCCACUGUACAGUUUUCAGUUUUGUAUCGUUACCGAAAGCACAUUGAUGGGCGCUAUUUGAUACACGUCACAUGUCGUCUCACUCACGGACGAAAGGCACAACUGUAAGAAGAAAGACCUCGCAUAUCAAGAUGUGCGUAGAGAUCAACGAGUGCUCCGUGAGUUUGGACGAGCGGUUUUCAUCGCGAAGAUCGACGCGCAUUUUGUACGCGAGAGCUACGUCGUCGUCACACGGAGUACAAAGUUUGUAAUAUGCGUUAGAUAUAUUACUGUGAUACGCAAAACAUGUCCCAUUCGGGCCUCGACGACGAUCCGCUAUAUUGAUUGUGCGCGCUCAUCUUAUGGUGUAUGAGUGUGAACAUGUGGGUAAUUGUAAUGUGUGUGUGUGUGUGUGUGUGUGUGUACGUGUAUAGGAUGUUACCAUAGAACGAUCCUAGUCAAUUCAGGGCAUAUGUAAGUGUAUACGCACAAGCCGUAUAUAACAUAUAGAUAGAUAUGUUUAUAUACAUGUAUCGGACGUCGUCGACGCGACAGUACGAAUGGAGCGUAAAAUGAAAAAUAAUACCUGAACUGAGCAGACUAGCGUUCACCGAGAUACCGAUGUAGAAAGAGACCCAUUUCAAAUAUAAAAAUUUAUUAUUUAUUGUUUUCGCUCCUGUGUCGUGUACAUACGUACAAUUGAGGUCACCGAGGUCACCGAAUAAAGCCGGAGAAAUGCUAAUAAAUUGCAUUAGCUACAAGUUUGCGUAUCAA